GUGUGUAUUUUGUUUUAUUUUAUCUGCCCCUUCCGCUGACUCGAUCGACACUUGUCAUCAGUUCACCACUUCCUCUUCCCCAGGAAAUAAGGCGCCACUCCUAGCCACACCGCAGAGGUGACCCUCAACGCACCACUCAAACGUCAAGUUUUGCCCUCCAUCCGCAAACAAGAUGCCAGCGCCAACACAUCAACUUGACGACGACGACAACCUCGAAAUGCCACCAACCAAGUCUGCCAAGGCCACUCAUGAGACCGAAGUAUCCCUCAAAGAUCUCUUCAAGGUCCAGAUCAUUCUUCACCCAGUUGCACCGCUCGAAGGACUGUGGCAAGGCGAAUGGGAUCAGGACAACCAAGUAACCGUUGACCAAGUUACGCAAUUCGACGACGCAUUCGAGCCAUUUCCUUGGCUUGAGCGGAUCAACGGGCUGGUGCUCGCAAAGGAGGCUUGCCACGCCAAUAUGUGGAGUCCCAACUCUGGCUCUUGUUUGUCCAAGCUGAUCCGAAGAGAUUCGAUCCAACAUGAAUUCUACAGCAGAAUUCAAGAGCCCACUGUGGAUACGGCAAUGAUGGGCCUUGAAUUGUUUGAUCAACAUGGCCGACUGAUCCCGGAUUUCAGCAAGGGUGGCUCCAGAGAAGGUUCCGGGAUUUGGAACCGCGAAGUCGACACUGGUGACAUCCUUCUCAUCGACGAGUUCCACAUCAAGGACAAUCACAACGGAUUUGUGCUUGGAAACAUCCUCUUUGACGCCAUCAUCGGCAAGACACGAUCACGGAGCCGGAAGUUCCUUGUCAUCGCCACGCCCACGGCGUUUGCCCGGGAGAGAGCCUCCGGUUCCCUCGAGUAGGACAAGGGUAUCGCCAUCCGCUUCUGGCGAUCCGUCGGGUUCCGGAGAAUCGGUUCCUCGGCUUGGUUUGCACUCGCUAGCGAGCCCAAACACGAUUGUCACCUCCUGGCUGCCGCGGAUGAUUACGAUCCACCUGCUCCACGAAUCCCGCUCUGCCCUCCCGG